UCGGCACCCCUCAGAAGAGCAUGCUGUAUGACACUUGGCUUAUGUGUGUUUGCUGGUUGUGUGUGCUAGCUGGUUUACGGAUGGUAAAUACAUCGAGGCCGGCUUAUUACGACUCCGGUUCCAAAGGAAGUUGGUUGACCAGUGAGGAGAUUCGGAAGGCAAGGGCGAGGUGGAAAGCGGCGAUGAUGAUGAAGACGACAGAUGACGAGGACCUUGUCCUUCCUAACGAUAACGGAAGUGGGAUGAUGCAAAAAGAUGGAGGAAACCAUCAUUUAACACGUUAUACGGGUUCAGUAUCAAGAUUACAUUCGUCGACGUGCUGCCGACUGGGACGAGUUUCGGCUACACGAAGGAAGCCAUGUCAUAGCGGGUAUUACACCAACCAGUUAAAAGUGAAGCUCCGGCGAUACCGCUUAUAUCGUUAUAAACAGAGGUUAAAACUCCUAAGGAGUCGUUACGGCAAUAAAUACAGACAAAAUAUUAUGGAUAAGUACCAAAAAUGUGCGCUACGUCGUCACAGUCGAUUCCAAAAAUGUUGUAACGCCGUAUAUUAUCAUAAGAAACGACGACAUAGAAACUGGCGCAUGUACGCUAGAUACCGGAACUCUCUUUUUAAACGGAAGCGCCGUCGACACUAA